UAUUUUAAUCUCAUCAAAAAUUGUACUUAAAACUAAAAAGCGUUUAAAUCUCAUAAACUGCUUUAAAUUAAUUGAGAUAUUGAACAGUAUUAUAAUUUUUGAUUACAUUGAAUUUUCAACAAAAUAAAUUGAAUCCCUUUUAUUGAUAUUUUUUUAAUUAAGCUUAAAUUAAACUUCUUUUAACAUAACAAAUAUAAUUAUUNUGGAGGGGUUAAAGUUGUGAGUAUGGGUUUUAAACAACACAGGAAGAACUUUAUAUAGGUUAAUUUUUUUUAAAUAAGUAUCAUGGUAAUGGAAGAUUGUGGUAAGAUUUCUCAUAAAAAAACAAAAAAAUAUCUGAGCAAUUUUUUGAUGGUAAGAAGAUAGAAGAAAAGUUUAAAUUUGCAAAACAAAAUGAGAAUAUAAUAGAUUUAGGGAUUAAUUAAAAUGUUUAAAUUAUUCCAAAAGAUGUAGAUAAUCAAUAAAAAGGAGAAUUUGUUAAAAGAGUUAAAGAUAAAUAUUAAUAUGCAGGACAAUUCCUAAAUAGUAAAUUUGAUGGUUGUGGUAUAAUGAAUUUUG